UUCUUUAUUCCAGUUCAACUAUUUUAUUUCAAAAACGCAGGGCGCGGAGGGCACCGUCGCCCACAUUACACCUGCUCCAUGUGGCCGGCAUUACUUCAUUAAAGAGAUCCAUGAGUUCUAAAGAGAGUUGCAGAAUCGAGCUCCGUACUGCCAUUCGUCAACUCAAUGACCGAUGCCUUUACUCUGCCUCCAAAUGGGCAGCAGAACAAUUAGUUGGAAUCGAACAAGACCCAGCCAAGUAUACACCCUCUAACACCAGAUUCCAACGUGGAAGCUCAAGCAUUCGCCGGAGGUUUCGUACUAAUGAGAUCACUUCAACGCCGGUUGCCGGUGUUUCUUACGUGUCCACUCCGGUCAUGGAGGAAGAUGAGGUGGUGGAUGGUGAUUUUUAUCUUUUGGCUAAGUCAUACUUUGAUUGUAGAGAGUACAGGAGGGCUGCUCACGUGCUCCGUGAUCAACAUGGAAAGAAAUGCGUGUUUUUGCGCUGUUAUGCUCUGUAUCUGGCUGGAGAAAAGCGGAAGGAAGAAGAAAUUAUAGAACUUGAGGGACCAUUGGGCAAGAGUGAUGCUGUGAAUCGUGAACUUGUUUCCCUUGACAGAGAGUUAUCUACAUUUCGCAAGAAUGGAAUAAUUGAUCCCUUUGGUUUGUAUUUAUAUGGUAUGGUGCUAAAAGAUAAAGGUAGUGAGUAUCUUGCUCGUACAGUUUUAGUGGAGUCUGUGAAUAGCUACCCUUGGAAUUGGAGUGCCUGGUUGGAGCUGCAGUCCUUGUGCACUACAGUGGACAUCUUGAAUGGCCUUAAUCUAAAUGACCAUUGGAUGAAGGACUUUUUUCUUGCUAGUGCUUAUCAAGAACUUAGGAUGCACAAUGAAUCCUUAACAAAAUAUGAAUAUUUGCAGGGCACUUUCAGUUUCAGCAGUUACAUACAGGCUCAAAUUGCAAAAACACAAUACAGUUUGAGAGAAUUUGAGAAGGUUGAAGUGAUUUUUGAAGAGCUUUUAAGAAAUGACCCCUAUCGAGUGGAAGACAUGGAUAUGUAUUCUAAUGUGCUAUAUGCAAAGGAGUGUUUCUCUGCUUUAAGUUACCUUGCCCACAGAGUAUUUAUGACUGAUAAAUAUAGACCUGAAUCUUGUUGCAUAAUUGGGAAUUACUACAGUUUAAAGGGGCAGCAUGAGAAAUCAGUUGUGUAUUUUAGGAGGGCACUUAAAUUGAACAAAAAAUUUUUGUCAGCUUGGACACUAAUGGGCCAUGAAUAUGUUGAGAUGAAAAACACUCCAGCUGCUAUUGAUGCCUAUAGACGAGCUGUAGAUAUAAAUCCAUGUGAUUAUCGAGCUUGGUAUGGGUUAGGACAAGCUUAUGAGAUGAUGCAUUUGCCUUUCUAUGCUCUUCAUUAUUUUCGAAAAUCUGUAUUCUUGCAGCCAACUGAUUCUCGGUUGUGGAUUGCCAUGGCUCAGUGUUAUGAAACUGAAGAGCUUCACAUGCUUGAAGAGGCAAUAAAAUGCUAUAAAAGGGCUGCAAAUUGUAACGACAGGGAAGCAUUUGCCCUGAACCAGCUUGCAAAGCUGCAUCAUGAACUUGGGCUUGAUGAGGAAGCAGCAUUCUACUACAAGAAGGAUCUAGAUAGGAUGGAAGCUGAAGAGAGGGAAGGACCAAAUAUUGUUGAAGCUUUGUUAUUUCUUGCAACUCACUGCAGAACCCAUAACAGAUUUGAAGAAGCCGAGGUGUAUUGUACACGUCUUCUGGAUUUUACUGGCCCAGAGAAAGAAACGGCGAAGAGUAUGCUUCGGGGAAUGAGAACUGCACAAUCAAGUCGUCCACCAAUGGAUCUUGAGCACUUUCCUCCCUGAUUUUUGGCUAUCACUCGUAGUAAGUUGAAAAGCCUUUGAAACAGCUGUACUUGUUUUGUUUUCAAUUUAGAGGGAACUAUUAAAUUGUGAAACACUUGAGAUAUGUCUAGUUAUAGUGUUAUGCUUCUAUUGGUGUUCUGUGAUUCAGAAACCAUUGGUAUGCUGUUUUUAUGUUUAUUUGUUUGUCUUUUAGGAAGGAUAGACAAGUAUAAAGGCCGGAAAUUCCAGCCUGAGUAUGUUGCCGUAAUUUUAUCUUUACAAGAAUGUAGCAGUAAGACACAUAUUUCUCAACCACUGGUGUUGUAUUUUGACAUUACAACUGAAAGAUGUGACUGGAACUCUGUAUAAUUCUUAUUCUUUUAUAGCUGAAUGGUAGGUGCUAGAUUGAUGCUAUAGUAGUCUA